AGCGUCUCGCAGGCCGCUCGAGUUCCCCGCCGCUCGCGCUGUAGGCUCGCGCUCGCCCGAGACAGACGGCGCGUUUUCCCCCCUGUCCGCGUUCGGAGCCCCAGCGUUCUCGUCCCCUGCUCGCCACGAUGAAGGCGCUUCCUCUGCCUCGCGCUUGACGCUGCUGGAUUUCUGUGCGUGAGGCAGGAUGAUGCUCCCUACCGUGGCCAUUUCCGCUGCAACGCAGCAAUACAGGCACCUUACCCAGCUGGAAGCCGAAGUGAUGCCACGACCUGGAUCGCUUAACCAUCCAGAGGAGAAUGACGAGACGCUGAGCGAGGACCGUCCAUCCAGCGCCGAGUCCUUCUCAUCCAUAAGGUGCUUGGACCCAAGCCCACAAAGCCUCUCUUCCGUCAGCCAUUCGAGCAGGAUGGCAGAGAUGCCCUGCUUUGGCCAGGAGCCCAUGCGGCAUGACUACGGUGCAUACCAGCCACCGCUGGGUUUGCCGGUCGGGUACAGCCCCCUGACACCCUACCCUAGCCAGGCGGAUGACUGCCACAGCACCAUGGACUCCCGCAAGGAGGGCUGGCUACCCCCCAGCUGUGCCAGCAGCCUACCUUCCUACCUGUCUUCUUUGGAGCGGGCCAGCUACACCCAGAGGAGGUCGCAGUCCCUUCCCAGCCGACACAGCCCGAGCAUGGGCAGCCUGGAGCAGCCGUUCCCCCUGUGCUCCAUCCCUCCGCCUGGAGCCCUGCCAAACUACUGCCUGCAGCCCUGCCACUAUGGGCCCCAGGCUGCGGCCUGCUAUGCCCUGUGCCCUGGACAGGCCUUCGCGCUGGGGCCCUCACCCCAUCACUUCCCUAGGCCAGAGUACCACUGGCCAUACAGGCCGCACGGUCCCGACCCAUGUGGAUGUCACGAUGUGGGUUUCGCACAGAGCAGCGGGUACCCCCCUCCGCAAGCACAGCAGAAGGUCACCCGGCCCAUCGCCCCACUGUCCUUAGCACAACGGAAGGCAUUUGUCACGUAUGAGGCCGACAGCGACAAACACGUCAAUGAGAUCAUCAAGUUCGUGGCCUUGCUGCGGCACAACGGCUUUGACACGCAUAUUGACGUGUUUGAGCAGCAGUUCCGGAGUAUCAGCAAGAUUGACUUCAUGGAGAAAUACAUCAAUGAGAAGGACUAUCUGAUCAUCAUAGCCAUCAGCCCUAAGUAUUACGAGACGGUGACCGGUGCACGGAUGAGCGUGGACAAUGAUGAGAGGACUUUGAACACAGUAUACAUUCACAAGCAGCUGCAGAAUGAGUUCAUUCAGAACGGCAGCAGGAACUUCCGAUUCAUCCCCAUUCUGUUUCCAGGUGCAAAAAAGUGCCAUGUUCCUGCGUGGCUCCAGAACACCCACGUGUACAGUUGGCCCAAGGACCGCGACGACAUACUGCGCCGACUCAUGCGCGUCGAGAAGUACAAGCCCCCUCCCAUAGGCGUGCUGCCCACCAUCAUCUCCAUUCCCCUGUGAUGCCCUGCUGCGGCCGCGAGGGGGCGCGCACGCAUGCGGAGGACGAGCGCACGAACUCGACCACCUCCGCGUCUCGGCACAUGGUGCCCGAGGAAAGUCCCUCCAGGCCUGGUGUUCCGCACGUGAGCUCGGGGCCUCGUGAUGCACGGGAGUGUGUUCCCCACCGGGAGACCCGUGGCCCGUCCUCGCAGGCGAUGGCUAACGGGAUCGCCCCCCAUUCGCGCACGAAGUACGCAAACCUCCCACCGCUCACGGCCCUCGAAUGAACUCUGACUUCUGCGCAAAGAUUUAAACUUUAAGUUGCUGUUUCACAGCUUUUGCCAAAGUUUGUUUCCCACCAUUUGCUCAUUAUGGGAUUUUUCUCUAGAUCUGCACGUUUUAAAUGCAAUCUCAAGCACUGAAAAACGACCUUUCCUAACCUUAAAUGAUUGUCGCUAUUUAUACACAGGUCUUGAGUAUUGAAAAACGUAGUAACUAUCAGAACUGGUUCACAAGCUUUUUGAACUAGAACGACAACACAAAGCACCCUGCCGAUAAGAUUUAACUGAGUGAGGGAUCAGACUCCAUUAAUGAUUAGGAGAAAUGAGAAGAACUUGGCGUUUUCAGGAAGUUCAGGCCAGCUGCUGGCUGUAAGGAAACCUCACUGGUAGUGAACGUGAAAUAUGGCCGCAGUCUUUGUACACUUGCAGUGCUCCGUAGGUCCUGUGUUAGUGGUUUUUUUUUUUCCCCUCCUCGUACUGCUUUAAGGGUCGUGGCGCGGAAAGAAUUGUCUCCAGGUGUGAGGCUACACAAGGUGAACAAACUGAAGUAAAAGAGCAGAAUGACCACCGGUGGCACUUCUGCGGCCGUUGAGGCUCUUCUGUCCUACUUUAUAGUGCUAAAUAUGAGAAACGGCGGCGGCGAAGGAAAGUCCCAGGCUGCACUCAGUAGAUGCUGUGGGUGCCAUGAAUGUCCAGCAUAGUUAUAUUUGAGGGUUCAGUUCUGUAUGAGGAGUGUAAAUAAAACCGUUUGCUUCAUGCUGUUUUUCCUUUCUUUUGAGACUCCCUUGUUUUGCUACUGAAUUCUGUAAAACAAAAGUGUGUAUAACUUAAUGUGGAGGCUUUGAGCGCAGUGUCGCAGACAGCAUGUGACUGUCAGUGGCGUUCUUGUGUGUGCCCUGCUGUUUGAAAAGAGGUCACUCAGCGAGCAAUGGGGCAGGAGUUGCAAUGCACAGUAAUUAAAGCAACAUUUCUCAGAG